UUUCCAAAUUAUUCCACAAAAAAAAAAAUAAUAAUAAUAACAAUAAUAAAUAAAUGAAAACAAAAAAAAGAUUAUUGUGCUCGCUGGCAAGCAAAGAGAAAAAGAAAAUCGGGAGAGAGAGGGAGAGAGAGAGAUCUGGGUGACUGUACCAGUCAAGGUUUGUUAUCUCCCGGUGUUAUGUUCAACUGAAGAAAUUAGCGGCUUGAUAUGUCCUUGGAGCUUUAUUAUUCGUCAAUAUGAGAAUGUUGCCGGUUUGCUCAGUCACCCCACGCUACUCAUUGUCUUCCCAGAUUCCAUUGUAUGGGGGAUCUGUAUAUCCAUUGCAGAAGGAUCUUGAAGGUAGAUGCAUUAUGGAUGAUGUCCAUCUGGGUUUGCAAAAUGGAACCCACUCCGUGAGGAAUCCAUUUAUUGCACAAGCUACAAAGUCUGUCUGCUGUAGCAUUGCUAAUGGUGCUGAACAAUCAGUCUAUGCGGAGUUUCCUGGCAGAUUUUCCUCUCUAAAUGAACCAGGACACCUUGAGUGCAAAUUUACAAACACAUGGAAUUAUUCACCAGUGACAGCAAGUGGACACCAUUCACUGACUUGUGGGGAACUCAUAUAUGUUGAAAAUUAUGAUACAUCAUCUGUCCCAGAGAGAUUGAUGGACCUAACUGAACAGUCAACUGAAGGAUCAGAAACAUUAUUUAGUACUGACAUUGUGUCAGAGAAGCUCACCCCUAUGCCUGAAUCAAUUAUAGUGGACAAUGAAUCAUUAGGCAGCACAAAAGCAAGUAUUGGUGAUAUGUUUUCUGGAAUCAGCAAGUCAUUUGAUGCAUCAAUUAGCGAGGGAGAAAAUGCUUUUCAAAGCUCACUUGAUACAGCCACUUCUUUGAUGAGAUCUGUCAUUGAUAAUGUUACUAAAUCUGUGGACAAUGCUUUUGGUGGAGCCCUUUCUUCUGUCAAUCAAACAGGGGAAUUAGCGAAUAAGAAAUUGGCUCGCUUUUCAAGUGAUAUAAGCGGAAUCACAAGCAAAGCACCUGCUUUUGCUAUUGAUGUAUUCCGAAGCACAAUCAUAGCAGUAGAGAGUUCGUUAGUAAGUGUGGCUUCCCAUGUGGUCUACCUAUAUGGUUCAGCCAAGGAGCUUCUUCCUGUAGGAAUCAGGGAUGCGGUAAAUGUGUAUGAAUCUAAAGCUUCUCAAAUAUUGAGGCCGAUUGGGUCUGCAUCUCGGGAGAUAUUCACAACAGUCUAUUCAUUGGAGAAGAGUCUUGGCUUGGAUCCAAAUGAUCCAAUUGUUCCAUUUGUUGUUGUUGUGGGCUCUUCAGCCGCAAUAUGGGCUGUCUAUCGGUUGUGGGCAUAUGGAGGUUACUCUGGAGAUUUAUCUCCUAAAUCAGCUUUGGACCUCUUGUCUGGGAAUGAAAAUGCUUCACUUAUAGAUAUCCGAAAUGAGGAUCUGAGAGAAAAAGAUGGUAUUCCUGAUCUUCGGCGGGCUGCACGGUUUCGCUAUGCAAGCAUAACUCCACUGGAGGUUGAUAGUUCCGUUAGGAAGUUGUUCAAGAGUGAAAGAGACCUUAAUGACUCCAUGAUUGCUGUUGUUAUUCGAAAUUUGAAGAUUGUAAAGGACAGCUCCAAGGUUAUAGUCUUGGAUUUUGAUGGUGGUCGUUCCAAAGGCGUUGCAAGAUCCUUGAGGAAAAUUGGGGUCAAGAAUCCAUACUUGGUUCAAGGUGGUUUUCAGUCUUGGGUGAAACAAGGCCUCCGUGUCAAGGAACUCAAACCUGAGACAACACUUACCUUACUAAAUGAGGAAGCUGAAGCAAUUCUAGAGGAUCUUCGCCCUUCUCCUUUGCAAAUUUUAGGAUAUGGCAUGGCUGUUAUUGCAGGGUUGUAUGCAUUAUUAGAGUGGGAGAAGUCAUUGCAGUUAAUUGGUGUUUUCGGCCUCAGUCUGACAAUCUAUCGGAGGGUGACAUCAUAUGAGGAUUCUGAAGAUCUUAAGCAAGAUGUGAGGUUGUUGCUUACACCCGUGAGACUUGGAGCUCAAGCAGUUUCUUGGAUUUCUGGAAAAGUAGAAACGAACCGCAUAGGGUUGCCUACUUCGCCUUCAUCAUUAGAUGUUCAGAACCGAGUUUUGCAGGCAGCUGCAAAGCAUGAAUCUCAACCGUCGGAUGCUGAAAGUAUCCAAGAUUCACCGGUUCCUGAACCAUCACUUCCUCUCAACGAGAAUGCAUGACUUUAUACAGAUGGUCAUGUGCUAACAUGAGAAGAGGACAGUCACAGCGAGUUAACUUCCAUGACAUUGUUCGACCUUUCUAAACAUCUUAUAAGAUGAUUCUGUACAAGUUAUUGAAUGAAUAAGCAAGUUCUGUACAAUUCAAUAGUGAAUUAAUGAACAAGUAUUGCGUAUGCACCACUUAAAGCACUUGUACACCCAAUACGGUUAUUAAAGAUUCCUUCCAAGCAUGGAAUGGAGAACUGUGAUUUUACGACAA